AUGAUUAUGUUUCCUCAUUUUGUUAAGAUUUUUCUGGGUGUUUUGCUAUUUGUCCUGACAGAAGAAAACCAUCCAUCCACAGCACAAACCUACUUAUCCUUCAAAGAGCUCCAAAAACCCAAGACUGCAGUUUCUUUUCUCACAACCCACCUGGAAUCCACAGUCCCUUCUCUAUCUACUGAAAAGAAAGCACCUCUGGACCACAGAGAAGCUGAGAGACAGUGGUUGUUUAGAAGAAGGAGAUCUACUUGGUUUCCUAAUGGAGUGAAAAUCUGCCCAGAUGAAAGUGUAUCAGAGGCUGUGGCAAACCAUGUGAAAUAUUUCAAAGUACGAGUGUGUCAGGAAGCAGUCUGGGAAGCUUUCAGGACUUUCUGGGAUCGACUCCCUGGACAUGAAGAAUAUCAUUACUGGAUAGAUUUGUGUGAGAAUGGAGUAACAACUAUAUUUGAAAUGGGCACAGAUUUUAGUCAAUCUGUAGAACACAGACGUUUAAUUAUGAAGAAACUGACGUACACAAAGGAAACUGUAAGCAGUCCUGAAUUGUCAUCGCCACUUCCUAUUGAUGAUACCUCAACAUUGGGAGGCACUAUUCUCAGUGCUCCAUAUCCAAGUGUGGAUACCCCAGAGAACAAGUUGGAGAAGCAGGAGGAGCGUCUUAGCAAUGAAAUUGAGAAAAUGAUAGAGGAAUCCACAAAACCGGCAAGUGAGCAGAUUGCAGAGUUCAGUAUCCACCUUUUGGGGGAACAAUACUGGGAAGAACUACAGGAUCCCUCUAGUUUCCACCACCAGCACCUUGUAGAAGAGUUCAUUUCAGAGGUUGAAAAUGCAUUUACUGCAUUACCUGGCUACAAGGACAUCCGUAUACUUGAUUUUAGGUCCCCCAAGGAAAAUGGCAGUGGCAUAGAAGUUCAUUAUGCAGUUACCUUCAAUGGUGAGGCUAUCAGCAAUACUACCUGGGACCUAAUUAGCCUUCACUCCAACAAGGUGGAAAACCAUGGUCUUGUGGAAUUGGAUGAUAAGCCCACUGUUGUUUAUACAAUUAGUAACUUCAGAGAUUAUAUUGCUGAGUCACUGCACCAGAAUUUUUUGCUGGGGAACUCUUCCUUGCAUCUAGAUCCUGAUACCCUUCAGCUUAUCAAUGUGAAAGGAGUUUUACUUCCUGAAACUGAAGAGCGAGUUUGGAACAACCAAAACUUGAGUCUUCAGACAACUCUAUCAUCUAUUCUGGAUAAUACUGAAUGGCCCUCAGCAGAUGAAUCCACCACCAGCAGUAUUUCACCACUUGAUUUCAGCUCUGGUCUUCCCUCAACCAUUGGCAGGAAACUUGGGUCAGAAAGCCCUUUGGGUGAUUUAGUGUCUACAUCCAAAUUAGCCUUUCCCUCAAAGCUAGGCCUCAGUUUAUCCCCGGAGGUUUUAGAGGUCAGCAGCUUGUCUCUUCAUCCUAUCACCCCAGCAGUGCUUUACACUGGCUUGUCUGCGCCUUCUGAGGAAAGGACUUCUGGAUUGGACUCAUUAGAAGAUAGAUUAACCGAAGUUGAAGUGUCGGGAGAUUUUCUUUCUAUUGAUCCAUUGUCUUCAAGUCCAUUAACUCAUCUUGUGCCAAAAGAAACAGUACCACCCAUGGAAGACUCUGGGGUGUCUUUGACAUCCUCACCAUAUCUGGCCACCUCAGUCACAUUAGAUCUUAUUACUAAAGAAAUAACUACACCUUUUGGCUUGCAUUCUUUAGCCUCCAAAAAAAGAAAUCAAUUAGAAGUGGGUAGUUUGAUGCCAGACACUUCUGUGGAAAAAGAGUUGAUAUUUGAGAAUGGUUUAGGUUCAGGGUCUGGCCAAAAGUUGGAUCUGAUUACUUGGUCAUGGAGCAAGACUUCAUUAGAGAAAAGUACUAAGUCACUGUUGAAGUCACAACUUGAAGAUGAGGAUUCACUUUUGCCAUCUGAAGAUGUCGAUGAGAAACUUCUUAUAGAUGACAAAAUAGAUUCCACAGGCCAAAAUACUGAGCAUUCAACAUAUAGGCAUUUUGAUAGUUCAACAAACAUCACCAAAAAAGAACUUCUUGCAGAGACCAUAGCUCAGUCAGCAUCUCUAAUUCUCUCCAAGCAUACACCAGAGACACUGGACAAUGAUUAUUAUUAUUUGGAUACCAAAACACCUUUUCUACUGCCAUCUACAGCAAUUUCUGCUGCUUCUGAUAAACCAGAUCAAGUAGAAGCUUUUCUAAAGGAAGAUGUGGAACAAACUACAGAGCCAUUCAGGCAUGAAUGGUUUCAUAGCAGGGCUUUAAUAGAGAAGCCAGAUAUGCAACCUUUGUGGGCCACAUUGCCAGAAUCAGAUGUAGUUUGGGCACAAACUUCUUCCCCAGGGAAAUUGUCCAAAGAUACAUUUGUAGGAACACAGAAUAUUGACAAUCUCUUGUUGAGAGCUAUACAGUCUACUAAAUUGCCUCCAACCACAGGUGCCAUUCUGCAGGAAGAUGAAGUAAUUAUGGGUGUACAGGACAUUUCAUUAGAACUAGACCAGACCGGCACAGAUUACUAUCAAUCAGAGCUAAUCCAGGAGGAAAAUGGCAAGGUUGGUAGCUACGUGGAAAUAUCUACAAAUGUUCUCUCCUCAGAGAUGACUAUUAUGACUCAGCCUGCACAAGUAGGUGACUCAAGUUAUACCCAGACCUCAGGAACUUUGCUAGUUUUCUUCAGCCUUCGAGUGACUAACAUGAUGUUUUCAGAAGAUCUAUUUAACAAAAACUCCUUGGAAUAUAAAGUCCUGGAGCAAAGAUUUUUGGAAUUGCUGGUUCCCUAUCUCCAGUCAAAUCUCACAGGAUUCCAGAAUUUAGAAAUCCUGAAUUUCAGAAAUGGCAGUAUUGUGGUGAAUAGUCGAAUGAAGUUUACUAACUCUAUGCCUCCUAAUGUCAACAAUGCUGUCUAUAUGAUUCUGGAAGACUUUUGUACCACUGCCUAUCAAACCAUGAACUUGGCUAUUGAUAAAUACUCCCUUGAUGUAGAAUCAGGUGAUCAAGCCAAUGCUUGCAAAUUUGAAGCAUGCAAUGAAUUUUCUGAGUGUUUGGUCAACCCCUGGAGUGGAGAAGCAGAGUGUAGAUGCCACCCUGGGUACGUGAGUGUAGAAGAACUGCCCUGUCAGAGUAUCUGUGACCUACAGCCCGAUUUCUGCUUGAAUGAUGGGAAGUGUGACAUUAUGCCUGGACAUGGCGCCAUUUGUAGAUGCCGGGUAGGUGAGAACUGGUGGUUCCGAGGUGAACACUGUGAGGAGUUUGUGUCCGAGCCCCUGAUGAUAGUCAUUACUGCAGCCUCUGUAGCUGGACUGGUCCUCGUCUUGUCAGCAAUCAUCUUCUUUCUUGUCAAAACUCUUCAAAUUCAGUAUAUAAUGAGAGGAAGAGAGAGGCCCUUCAGUGGUUCCAGCAGGCAGCCUGACAGCCUGUCCUCCAUGGAAAAUGCUGUGAAGUAUGACCCUGUAUAUGGAAGUCACAUGACCGGACUCAAGCAGUACGAAGGCCCUGAUCCUUUGCAUCCUCUCUGCUGCUCUGCAGGUGGAGACAUGAUUGGUGGUCUGAGCAGGGAAGAGGUCAGACGAAUGUAUGAGAACAGUGAGCUUCCCAGAGAGGAAAUUCAAGAAAGAAUUUUGGAACUAUAUGCCAAUGAUCCUGAGUUUGCAGCUUUUGUGAGAGAACAUCAAAUGUAAGCCCCCUAAUUGGGGUCUUAAUGGGUUGCCUUAGAUUAGUGCCACUAGUGGAAGCGCAUAAGUUCUGUUUAUAAUGACACGUGUUGUGACGAUCAACAUUUAUUGAGUUCUUUACAGUUAGUACCUACCAUAUAC